AAGUGGGAAGCUGUGAGUCUGGGUAGUUCGAUUACAGUAGCCAACGACAAAGGACACUUACCUCUAGUGAGAAACCCCAAUCAGCUAAAGAAGAUGAACAGACUAUUGUUAAGCAUAUUUGCGGUUACUGCCUGUUUUGCCAUUGCCCAUGGCCUACAGUGCUACAAAUGUAAUAUUGGUUUCUGGGACCUGUGCAUCACCACCAAGAUUACAUGUAGUGCUGGGGAGUCGUGCUUCAGUGGUGAGGGAGAGGCAGCUAAAGUUAUGAAGAUUAAGAAGAAGGGCUGCUUGGAGAAUGCCAAGUGCAACACGACAUCCGAAGUCAACUUCCCGUCCGACAGCAACACCACCGUCUACAAAAUGAAGAGCACCUGUUGCGGGUCGGACCUGUGCAACGCCGCACCUGGUCUGCCCCAUAUUAGCAUCCUGCCUCUGGCCCUUGCCACCCUCCUCACGGUCAUCACUGCCAAGGCCCUGGUGUGAGACGCCACACACACACACACACACACACACACACACACACACACACACACACACACA